AUGAAGGUGGUGAGGGAGGAGAAUCCAUGGUUGGUUACUUCAUCGCGUAUUGAGACAGCAUCGCACGAUAAUAGUUAUAUUAAUAUCCGUGUGAUCGUAUAUUUGUAUAGGACAGCUCUGCGAUCAAUCAAAAUAAUGCUAAGGAUAGUAUCAUUAUCAUUGUUCUUCACUCCGUUGUUGAUCACUUUUCCAUUUGCCUGUUUUUGGAGUAGUUUUGAAGAAUUGUGGUGGAAAUGGAUGUUGUGGAUGGUGCAGCGAAGUGGUCCGACCUUUAUCAAAUUAGGUCAGUGGGCAAGUACAAGGCGCGAUAUUUUCGCGAAGGAUUUUUGUGAUAGAAUGUCAAUUUUGCAUACAAAAACAACAUACCGUCCAUGGCAUUUUUCGCAACAUGCACUCGAUCAUUUAUUUGGUGAUUCGCGAUGGAAAGAUUUUGUUGUGUCAAUAGAAACUGAUCCUAUUGGUUCCGGAUGUAUUGCUGAGGUUUAUAAAGGUAUUCUUGAUGUGCAUGCUUACGAGAAGAUCACGGGGAUUCAUUUACCAUUUGCAAAGAAUCGAUAUAUUGAUAUCGCGAUUAAAAGAUUUGGUGAAAACUUUGAUCCUGACAAAACAAAAGUACGGUUUCCUGGAGUCGUCUGUUAUUCUAAAGAUGUCAUCAUCGAAACAUUUGAAAAUGGACUAUACAUCAACAGAUUAGUUACCGACGAACAGUUGAUGGAGCAAAAUGUAUUGAAGAAGAAGGUUGCGCUCAUUGGAGUAAGAGCAUUGUUGAAAAUGAUUUUUAUAGAUAAUUUUGUACACGGCGACCUUCAUCCUGGCAACAUACUUUUAAGGCUUGAUAAUCCUGAUCAUCGGACGACCAAAUGGUUUAAUUCUUUUCGAACUUCAGUUAAUAGAUUGAAAAAAAUACUAAAAAAUUUUGUUACUAUGAGCGAUGGUAUCCGGAUCUCAUAUGAUGACUAUGGUCUCGAUGAAUCUGGAGAACCUACACUAAUCAUAUUGGAUACAGGAAUUGCCCUCGAGGAAACACCACAGAAUCUGCAAAAACUUCGUCUUCUUUUUCGAGCAGUUGUCGAUAAACGAGUGAAAGAUUAUGAAUUGCAGGGUCGUGAUGUUGGUGCAUUAUUACUCUUACAUUCGCCAAAGCAGCACUGCAAAGAUCCAGAACGAUUUUGUGACGAAGUGGAUCAGAUCGUUCAAACCGCACGCUCCAAAAGCAAUUUGAGAAGGCUGAAUAUAUCGGAAAUGUUAAACGAACUAUUUUCAAUCGUAAGUCGUCAUGAAGUUGCACUGGAUCCAUCAUUUACGACAGUUGUGCUAGCAGUUAUAGUUUUGGAAGGUUUGGGACGUUCGUUAGACCCCGACUUGGAUCUUUUCCAUUGCGCCAGACCGUUCCUUUUUUCCAUGCUUUGA